ACAAGAGAAGGAAACACACUUUUGAGUGUAUCGAAGAAACACGAUAACAGUUUCGCGAAUUUAGGGUUCCGAUCUUCUCCUCCUAAUGGCCGACGAGACUCUCCCUCCGGCUGAUUCCGUCGACACCGACCUCCCCGAGAAGACCACCUCUCCUCCUCCACCGCCGCAGCAGCAGGAACAUCAAGAGGAGCAGCCUCCCAACCGCCACGAGAGAGAUUCCCGCGAAACAGAUCUAGAGCGUCCGCCGAAUCGCCGCGACCGCGACCGUUCGCCCCCUCCUCCUCCUCCUCCCCGCAGGGAUUACAAGAGGCGGCCUAGCGGGAGCCCUCCCCCGCCGUACAGAGAUAGGCGGCACUCUCCUCCUAUGCGCCGCUCGCCUCCUCCUCCCAAGCGAUACCGGAGGGACGAUAACAACGGCUAUGAUGGUCGCCGUGGUGGUGGUGGUGGUGGUGGCUAUGGCCCACCCGACAGAAGAUUUGGAGGAUAUGAGUAUGAGGGUGGGAGGCCUGGUUAUGGUGAUGAUAGAGCUCAUGGCCGCUUUAUGGGACGCCAUCAAGACUGGGAGGGAGGUCGGGGACGCUAUGGUGAUGCGUCUAAUAGUGGAGGUACUCAAAGGGACGGGCUGAUGUCUUACAAACAGUUUAUCCAGGAGUUGGAAGAUGAUAUAUUGCCAUCAGAAGCUGAACGAAGAUAUCAAGAAUACAAGUCAGAGUAUAUCACAACCCAGAAACGUGUCUACUUUAACACUCACAAAGAGGAAGAAUGGUUGAAAGACAAGUAUCAUCCAACAAACUUACUUUCUGUAAUAGAAAGGAGGAAUGAACUUGCACAAAAGGUAGCGAAGGAGUUCUUACUUAAUUUACAGAGCGGGAAUCUAGAUUUAGGUCCUGCAGCGACAGCAUUGAAUAAAACUGGACGCACCAGUGAGCCAAAUUCUGAGGAUGAAGCAGCUGGUGGUGGUAAAAGAAGACCUGCUAAGCGGGAAAGUGGAGGGACUGAUGCAUCGGCGGCACCUAAAGCACCAAGCUUCACUUCUGAUCCAAAGAGAAUCCUAACUGACAUUGAACAAGCGCAAGCCCUUGUGCGUAAGCUUGACGCUGAGAAAGGAAUUAAGGAGAACGUUUUAUCAGGUUCCGAAACUGAAAAGUCGGGUAGAGAUAAUUUGCACAGUGGUUCAACUGGUCCAGUUAUAAUCAUAAGAGGUUUGACAUCGGUGAAAGGCCUUGAGGGUGUUGAAUUGCUUGACACUCUUCUCACAUAUCUCUGGCGUGUUCAUGGUGUGGACUAUUACGGAAAGCUUGAAACAAAUGAAGCUAAGGGUCUGCGGCAUGUGAGAGCAGAAGGAAAAGGUUCUGAUGCAAAAGGAGAUGAGAGCGAGGACAAAUUUGACUCUCAUUGGCAAGAGAGGUUGAAAGGUCAAGAUCCCUUGGAAGUGAUGGCUGCCAAAGAGAAGCUAGAUGCUGCUGCUAUUGAAGCUUUAGAUCCACAUGUCCGAAAGAUUAGGGAUGAGAAGUAUGGUUGGAAAUAUGGUUGUGGAGCUAAAGGCUGCACGAAGCUGUUUCAUGCUGCUGAGUUUGUGCACAAGCAUCUCAAGCUCAAACAUGCUGAGCUUGUAGUGGACCAGACUGCCAAAGUGCGGGAAGAACUUUAUUUUCAAAACUAUAUGAAUGAUCCUAAUGCGCCAGGAGGACAACCAGCCACGCAGCAACCUGGCCCGAGAGAUAGAGUUAUGAUGAGACGCAAGCCAGGCAUGGAGAACAGAUUGAGGGAUGAUCGAGGUGGACGCAGAGACGGACGAGCUUAUGGAAAUGACAGAAUUGAUCGGUCAGAGGAUCAACAGAGAGGUGAUGGAAACGGUCCAAAUCCGGAGGAAGGUGGUUUCGAUGCAUUUGGUGGGCAAGGCGGUUUUCAGGUACCUUCCUACUCGGCUGAUAUAAAUGCACCACCGAUGCUGAUGCCUGUUCCUGGUGCCGGGCCACUAGGACCAUUUGUACCAGCACCACCUGAGGUUGCGAUGCAGAUGUUCAGGGACCCGAGCGGGCCCAACCCUUCUUUUGAAGGUGGGGGCAGAGGUGGACCAGCCCCUUUUCUGUUGUCUCCGGCCUUUAGACAGGAUCCUAGACGGCUACGCAGCUACCAAGACCUAGAUGCGCCAGAGGAAGAGGUGACCGUUAUUGAUUACAGGAGCUUGUAGACAGAGAGGAGAGAGAGUGGGAUGCCCGGUCUAGCCAGCCGAUUGGAACAACAAUCUACAUGCUCUUUGAUGUCUGUAUCUUUUCUUUCUUGUUUCAUCCUAAUUUUUACUCAGUAAAGGCGUAAGACACGCACUCUAUAUAUUUUUGUUGAUUGCUUUUCAUGUGUUUUAGUUAUCGUUUCUUUGUACCUUUAUGCAUUUUCUACUUCUGUUUUCAUGUUCUAUUGAAAUCGUCUCAUCGUUUAGUUGUA